CGAAACACCCGAUGAAUCCAAGGUCCACUACUGACGAUGUGUCCUAAAAUUUUAAUAUGAUAAUCUAGACUAGAUUCCUUCCUAAUCCCUAAACCUAACCAAGGAAUGUAAAAAGAAACUAACAAAUGGCAGAACAGCUUCUGAUAAAAGACCGAAACAGCCUGUGAAGUUGAGGCGCACAACGAUGCGUCCUGCUGCUAAAGUUUCCUCACAGCAGCCAUCCCUCAAGACCUUCUCUAUUUGAAGCAAUGCAUCAUCAGGGAUUGUACCAUCUGCUCCUUUUAUUGAAUUGUGUUUAAAUAUAUUUAUAUAUAUAUAUAACUGAAAAUAUGAAUUAAUAAUAAUAAAUGAAUGAUCCAGACUCUAAUUCAUCUUGAAAACAGAAAUAAUGUUCUGCUGGUAAAUUAUUGGAGGUGUGUGAUGCAGCACCACCUGUUACAUGCAGCAGUGCAGACAAAGGUGUGAUAUCCGUGCAGAAACUUAUUACCACAAAGUUUCUGUUGUGGGAGGCUGGUUAUAAAAAGAGGCGUGUAGAGUGGGGGGGGUCACUGCAAGCCUGGAGCUUCUGUCCCACCAUGAUCUGCUGCAUCCUUUACGUCUUUCUGCAAAUCUCCCUCACAGGGGCUGCUGAGAGCAGCAUAGUCGGUGGCAGGGAGGCAAAGCCCCACUCCAGACCAUACAUGGUGUCAGUCCAGUAUGGAGGAGAACAUUCAUGUGGAGGAUCCUUAUUCAGAGGACUUUGUUCUGACUGCAGCUCACUGCAAAGAUGAGACCCGGGGUUCUUGCAGCGUGGUGCUCGGAGCACACGACAUCAGCAAGAAAGAGAGAACUCAGCAACGCAUCCAAGUAGCCAAGUACUACCCUCAUCCAGGAUUCACUGGACAAUACGAAUAUGACAUCAUGUUACUGAAGUUGAAAAAGAACGCCACGCUGAAUAAGUACGUGAGGACCAUGGGACUGCCUAAGAAGAACGGGGAAAUACCCGCCAACAUUAAAUGUGCUGUGGCCGGCUGGGGACUAACCAAAGCUAAUGGAUCUCAUUCAAAUGUCCUAAAAGAAGCCACAGAGAACAUGCAGUUCAGCACUGAGUGCAAACACAUUUGGCAAAAACACUUUAACUCUGGUCACAUGAUAUGCACCAAGUUUACCAGACGGGACGGAGGUGUUUGCCAGGGAGACUCUGGUGGACCACUUAUCUGCAACACAAAGCCUCAAGGUAUAACAGCUUAUACCUCAUUAAACGACUGUAAUGAUCCAAGGUACCCGCAUGUCUUCACUAAAGUCAGUUCCUUCAUCCCGUGGAUCAAGCAAACAAUGGAGGAGCACAGGAAUGAUGCCUGAGUCAGAGGAGCAGUAAAGCAUAUGUUU